CUGCGUCCUGAUGGGCACCCGGUGCCAAGGCGCACAGCUUCCCACAGACCCCUAGCAGCAGCACCAGCCAACUCGGUACCGACACACUCUGACCAAAUCGUCCUCAGGCGGUCCACCACCGAACCACCUGCCUCACUGUCUGGAGUAAUCUACUCACCUACACAUUCCAACCUUCAGUCUUUCAAUGACCCAGCCGCCAGCCACCAUCUGUGCUCCGACAACUCACAUCUUGCUUCCCCAACCGCAAACCAUAGCGAAUCGACACCUCUAAACCGAAAAAGUGGUGCACUGCCGGUCCUCUGUUGACCGACAGCAUCCUAGUUACUUCCGCGCUCAUCACUGAAACGGGCCUCGCCUGCCUCUACACGAACGCACAGGGCCUCAUGCCUAAACUUCCGGAACUCCAAUCCCGACUUCUUUCAACGCCAGCGGACCUAAUAGCCAUAACCGAAACGUGGCUCUCCGACGACCUAACCGACGGUGAAAUCCAACUUCCUCACAUGUCAGUUCUCCGCUCUGACCGCGCAACCCCAGUUGGCGGUGUCGCACUGUACUAUGACAUCUCCCUCAGUUGCAGCAUGUUAACAAACACUGCGCUCCAGUCUCCAGACACCAUGUGGUGCGAGGUCGUACUAACCGCCAAACACUCCAGUUGUGUUGGUAUCAUUUACCGUCCCCCAACAACUACCCGGAGAAGGACGUACGACUACUGCACGACGUCCACCUUAUGUUAUCCCACAAGCGCGCACACUUUCUUAUCAUGAGAGAUUUCAAUCUACCCCGUCUAUUUCACUAUG